AGAAAGUGAAAUAGGAAACCGCUUCCUGGUUCUCUAGAAAUUAGAAGGCAGAUUUUGCCAUGCAUUACUAUGAAAACAGAAUGUUCAGUCAUUCAGUAUUGGAGACAGACAAACCCAAGAUACGCCACUGAUUUUGAAGCCACCCUCUCGUGACAGGAUGAAACGCUCGGAUACAACUUCUCAAGAGGACAAUGGCUCUUCAAGGGUUAUUGCGGUGGUUUUCUUCGCCCUGCUCCUGGAUUUGCUUGGAUUCACCUUAAUUCUACCUCUUCUUCCCUCUAUUCUAGACCACUAUGGACAAACUGAAGAUGCUGUGUAUCAGUCACUCCAGAGCGUUGUGGAUUGGUUCAGAGAAGCUAUUGGGGCUCCCAUUGAAACAAAAUGCAACACAGUUCUCUUUGGCGGUUUGAUCGGGUCACUCUUCUCUCUGCUGCAGUUCCUGUCCUCACCUCUCACUGGGGCAGCGUCCGAUUACUAUGGGAGAAGACCGCUGAUGAUGCUGACCACAGUGGGAUUGAUGUCUUCCUAUGCCUUGUGGGCUUUGUCCCGCAGUUUCAGCAUGUUCCUGCUGUCCCGAGUGGUGGGGGGCAUCUGCAAGGGUAAUGUCAGCCUCUGCACCGCCGUUGUGGCUGACUUGUCCUGCUCCAAAGCACGAAGUCGAGGAAUGGCAAUGAUUGGUGUAGCUUUCUCAGUGGGCUUCACAGUAGGUCCUCUGAUUGGGGCAUACUUUGCCCGAAGGUCCAGUUUGGAAGAGGUGUUCUACCUUGGCCCAGCUCUACUGGCUUUGUUCUUCUCCACAUCAGACCUACUCUUCAUCUUCCUCAUGCUACCUGAAACUCUGCAUAAAGACACAAAGGCCUCCUCAAUGUCCUCCGGCAUCCAGGGAGCAGGGGACCUUAUGAACCCAGUGGCUUUGUUCCAUUUCUCUGCUGUCACACGGAGAGAGGACUCGCCCUCCAAAGAACGUAUGGAGAACCUGAAAGCACUCGGCCUGGUCUACUUCUCCUACAUUUUUCUUUUCUCUGGAUUGGAGUUCACACUCAGCUUUCUGACUCAUCAGCGUUUCCAGUUCACCAGCAUGGACCAGGGGAAGAUGUUUUUCUUCAUUGGAAUCACCAUGGCAGUAAUUCAGGGAGGAUAUGCACGCAGGAUCAAACCAGGUCAUCAGAUCAAGACUGUUGAAUGGGCAAUCAUAUCAUUGAUCCCAGCCUUCAUUCUCAUUGGACUAGCAUGCAAUUUGACUAUGCUCUACAUGGGGUUAUUUCUGUACUCAUUUGCAGCUGCAGUUGUUGUUCCUUGUCUAUCAGCCCAGGUCUCUGAAUAUGGCUUAGCCACACAGAAAGGUACGGUGAUGGGAAUCCUGCGGAGUUUGGGCGCGCUGGCUAGAGCACUAGGACCUAUUCUGGCAUCUUCAGUGUACUGGUUGGCUGGAUCGCAGGUGUGCUUUGUCGUCAGUUCGGCCCUUUUCGUUUUGCCACUGCUUCUGCUGCGGAGACAACGGUGGUCCAAGCAGGAGUGAAAGGAGGAGAGGCUGGCAGAGAUUGGCCCUUGCACUGCACCAAGCAUUCUUCAGAUUAUGCUUUUUAUACGGCAUGUUUUACUCUAUUGUUCUCAGACCUGGGUCAUAUACACAAUUGUUUUGGAUUCAAAUACUUUCCUACGCAUUACUGCGCUUGUCUGGUGUAUUGGAACCAAUGACAUACUGUCAAGAAGUGCAAAUUCUACCUGGCCUGGUCCUCUUGGUUGGCUCUAUUGCACCAGGAAAGAUCAAUCGGACAGAGAAAAGUAUUUGAAUCAAAACCAUUACGUAUUUGACCCAGGUCUGUUCGUUUUAUACUUUCGACAUUUGGACCUAUAAAGUUUAUAUUUUGGUUUAUAUUGUGGCAAAAUGGAGAAAUUACCUCACAUUUUCUUUCUGCAGACAGAAGUGAUCACCAUAAGUAUGUUAAAAGUAGCAUGAAAUGUGUUUCUGCUAUAUACUUAAGGCAAAAACUGCUUUUUAUGUAAAAUGGUAAACAUGUAAAUACCAUGAUACAAAAGUUGAUUGUCGGUACUAUGUCAUGUUCAUAUUUUAAACUCAGAUCCAAAUAGCUUAAAGUGAAAAAUUAAAUUAAGGUACAGUGCGGUCCGUAAGUUUUUGGACAGUGGUACAAUUUCUGUUCUUUUGGCUCCGUACUCCAGCACAUUAGCAUUGAAAUGAAACCAUGAAUAUGAAGUGGAAGUGUAGACUGUCACCUUUGAGAGUAUUUACAUCCAUAUUGGGUGAUUAAUAAAUCACACUACUUUACAUAUGUUGUAAAAUAAACAAUGUCAAUAACUAUUA